AUGUUCAAGACAUUCCUAGGCGCCAGAACGUUGGCUACGCUGCGGGCCGUAAUCCGUCCAAUCUCGGGUGUUCCCCUCACGCAAAAUAUCACAAAACCACUUCUGUUGCGCAUGUUUUCUGGUCUUUCACAAGCUUUUUCACAGAACACUGUUCCUCAACUUCACAACGUCAACAACCAAUACAGAUCAUAUGCUACCUUGAACCAGAUAUUGACAGGGAAACAGGGCAACCCUAUUAAACCAAAUAAGAGUAAGGCUCCACAGUUGAACGGCGCUCCGUUCAAAAAGGGAGUUGUCUUGAGAGUGAUGAUUGUUAAGCCAAAGAAGCCAAACUCGGCUCAAAGAAAGUGUUGCCGUGUCCGUCUCUCAAACGGAAGCGUUGUUUCAUGUUUGAUUCCUGGUGAGGGCCACAACUUGCAAGAGCAUCAUAUCGUCUUGGUCCGUGGUGGAAGAGUCCAGGAUACUCCUGGUGUGAAAUAUCACCUUGUGCGUGGAGCCUAUGACUUGGCUGGUGUGGCCAAUAGAACAACUUCUCGUUCGAAAUACGGUGUGAAGAAGCCAAAGGAGUAG